GGCGGGGGCGGGACGCCGCCCGGCCGCGGGUCGGGCCCAGUGUCAGCAGCCCAGCAGACGCUCAGGGGGACAUGGCGGGCUGUGUGGCCCGGCGGGUCCUGGCCGUGGGCAGCCGCUGGUGGUCCCGGUCGCUAUCCGGGGCCCGCGGGCCAAGGCCGCUCUGUGCGGCGGGUGGACCUGGGGCCUUCCUACCAGCGGCGACCACGACGCGGAGGCACCUCUCGUCCCGAAACCGACCAGAGGGCAAAGUUUUGGAGACAGUUGGUGUGUUUGAGGUGCCAAAACAGAAUGGAAAAUAUGAGACUGGGCAGCUUUUCCUUCAUAGUGUUUUUGGCUACCGUGGUGUUGUCCUAUUUCCCUGGCAGGCCAGACUAUAUGACCGGGAUGUGGCUUCUGCAGCUCCAGAAAAAGCAGAGAAUCCUGCUGGCCACGGCUCUAAGGAGGUGAAAGGCAAAACUCACACUUACUAUCAGGUGCUGAUUGAUGCCCGAGACUGUCCACAUAUAUCUCAGAGAUCUCAGACAGAAGCUGUGACUUUCUUGGCUAACCAUGAUGACAGCCGGGCCCUCUAUGCCAUCCCAGGCCUGGACUAUGUCAGCCAUGAAGACAUCCUCCCCUAUACCUCCACUGAUCAGGUUCCCAUCCAGCACGAGCUCUUUGAAAGAUUUCUUCUCUAUGACCAGACAAAAGCACCCCCUUUUGUGGCUCGGGAGACACUAAGGGCCUGGCAAGAGAAGAAUCACCCCUGGCUGGAGCUCUCCGAUGUCCAUCGGGAAACAACCGAGAACAUCCGUGUCACUGUCAUCCCCUUCUACAUGGGCAUGAGGGAAGCCCAGAAUUCCCACGUCUACUGGUGGCGCUACUGUAUUCGCUUGGAGAACCUUGACAGUGACGUGGUACAGCUCCGGGAGCGACACUGGAGGAUAUUUAGUCUGUCUGGCACCUUGGAGACAGUGCGAGGCCGAGGGGUGGUGGGCAGGGAACCGGUGUUAUCCAAGGAGCAGCCUGCAUUCCAGUACAGCAGCCACGUCUCCCUGCAAGCUUCCAGUGGGCAUAUGUGGGGGACAUUCCGCUUUGAGAGGCCUGAUGGCUCCCACUUUGAUGUCCGGAUCCCUCCCUUCUCCCUGGAAAGCAAUAAAGAUGAGAAGACACCACCCUCAGGCCUUCACUGGUAGGCCAGCUGAGGCCCUGAAUGGGCAGGCUCAGUCCUUGAACAGCUCUCAUCCCACAAUUGCUGCAGAACUCUCCAUCGUGGCCACAGUGGUUCUCUUAAUCAUUUGUGCCAUUUGAAUGUGGGGUUCUUUCUUUGGUGGGUGGGCUGUAACUUUUCUCCCGAAGACCCAUGUAGGACUCCUCCAAGGCUGGCCUCCCCUGUAAGCCCCGCCUACACUGUGUUCCAGUAGACCUUUCCACCAGGAACUCUGUUCGGCUGCCACAGGCUCAGAGGAGUUUCCUAGUCGGUCACCCAAGUUGUUUGGAAUGUGAGGUUUGGUCAAUAAACCAGUGCACGCUUGGC